AUGGUCCUCAGGCUCAGCUCCGGUGUUGGUCUGUAUGACAGCUUUUGCCAAUUCCUCCAGCUCCAUUCGUGGUCAGUCUGGAUAAGACUUUUCUACUGGCGAGCCGACCCACGGAAUCUGAUAUUACUGUCACUUUUCCUCCCUAUCGCCGUCCUUGUCUUUAUCCAAGCCAUUGAUUCCCUCACGACGUACGCCGAGUUGCUGAUGCGCAAUUAA